AUGGCCUUAUCCUCACUCUCUCAACCGCCACUGCCUCUCACCACUCACUCCUCCGCCUCCUCACUCCCCAAACUCCUCCACUCUGCCGCCUCCAACUUCUCAUUUCCAGCUACUCUUUACGUUGACGGCCUCUCAACCACAACCAAUUCGCCUUCAGAUUAUAGUAAGUGGAGAACCCACGUUUCGUUCUUCCCUGCUUUUUUCAACAACAAAACCAAGAAUAUGGAGUCCAUCAAACAAGAGCUUCUUGAAGCAAUUGCACCCCUUGAUCGUGGUGCUGAAGCCACUCCGGAUGACCAGCAAAGAGUUGAUCAGAUAUCUCGCAAACUCGAGGCAGUCAACCCAACGAAGGAGCCGCUGAAAUCUAGUUUGCUGAAUGGGAAAUGGGAACUCAUAUACACGACUUCGAAAUCAAUUUUGCAAGUACAGAGACCAAAGCUUUUGAGAACUAGAACAAACUAUCAGGCAAUUAACGCAGAUAGACUUAGAGCUCAGAAUAUGGAAUCGUGGCCAUUCUUCAAUCAGGUUACGGCUGAUUUAACACCUUUGAAUCCAAGAAAGGUGGCUGUACAAUUCGAUUAUUUCAAAAUUGGAGGGCUGAUACCGGUGAAAGCUCCGGGAAGAGCUCGGGGCGAGCUGGAAAUCACUUACUUGGAUGAAGAGUUAAGAGUAUCUAGAGGUGAUCUGGGGAACCUUUUUAUCCUAAAAAUGGUGGAUCCUUCAUACCGAAUCCCUUCCUAA